CUUAGAUUAAAACUUGAAGGAGGUGACAUUCCCAAGGAUAGCAAGACUGUCAAGUUUUACCAUGUCUGCCAGAAAAUACAGAAGUUCAAUUUAUCUUUGACAGAAAUUCACAACCCUGUCCAAGGAGAAUAUAGAUUGGAGAUUAUAGAUGGGGACAGGAAAAUAGUGAUAUCAAAGUCAGAACUUGAUAAUGUCAUCUGCAAAUUUUACACUGAGUUGCGGGGUUCUGGAGCAAAGAAAAUAAGAACAUUGAUAAACCAGUAUUAUGCUGGCAUUUCUCAGGAAGCCAUACAAGACUUUAUAGACAGGCAAGAUGACAGGCAACUGUUACAUCCUAAAUUUGUUAAUGCUGCCAAACUAAAACCGGUGAUUUCAAGAACACCAAUGGGGCGACAUCAGGUUGACCUUGUGGAACUAACUGGAAUGCCUGCAGAAAAUGAUGGUGAAACAUUCAUUUACAUCUUGUCUGUUAUUGAUGUUUUCACAAGAUUCUUGUGGCUUCGGCCUCUUUCCAACAAAAGAGCCUGUUCAGUGGCAUUGGAACUCAACAAAAUCUACUUUGAGUAUGGAUGGGGAAAUCCAAGAAUCUUACAGUGCGAUCAAGGCUCCGAGUUUAAGGGAGCAGUCAACCAACUCUGCAUAGAAAUGGGAACGAAGAUUGUCCGAAGUCGGGCUCACCAUCCACAAUCUCAGGGAAAGAGUGAACGAUCACACCGGGAUUGGAAAAGCCAUCUCGAAUUUGAUCACAGCAAACAUGGUGAUGGAGAAAACUUCAACUGGGUGGAAAAGUUGCCAGCAUAUGCUAGAAUACACAAUGAAAGCAUUCAUUCUGCACUUGGUUGUUCACCAUACAAGGCCAUGCUGGGCUGCCCUCCAGUACACUUCAAGAAUUUGUUGAGAGCUGGAAAUACAGUUGAUGCGUACUCUUGCUCUGAAGAAGAUGAGCAGUGCGAACUAUCUGCAGAGAGUGAUGAGGAUACUGGAGACGAAUAUGGCAUUAAUGAGAGAAUAGAAGCAAUCACAAACCUCAGGAAAAAUGUGCUGCAGGCGUCACUGACCAAAUCAUCAGAAAUGAUUAAAAAACACCACGAAAACAAGGACACAUCAGUGUACAAGAUAGGGGAUGAAGUUCUGGUGAGGGUUCGUGGAAAAGAUACCAGAGUCAAACGAGGUGGGCCCAAAAAAGGGAUGAAAAAAUGCAAGGAAGGAACUAUUGUCGAAAUAGAUUCGCAGAACUCCCAAUUCAAGGUUGCCUAUCCGAACAAGCAUGUGCAGUGGGAGCAGGUGUGUGACAUUACUUCUCGGACAAGAAAAGAAGAGAAGAGGAGAAGAAUGAGGACAUAUGAAGAUGCUCGGCCAGAUGCAAGAGAAGAGGGUAGAAAGCCACUCAAAAGGGGAAAAACACAGGAUGAAAAAGGAAAGGGAGAACAACAGGCUCAAACCAAGAGGAGAGACAAUGCAGAAACAAAAGGACGCAAGACACCAACUAUGAAAGAACUGGAGAUGGAGGCCUCAUUCUAUGACCUUGACAUUGUGGACAAUGAAGGGGCUGGUAACUGCAUGUUUAUUGCAUUGGCUCAACAGCUUCAAAUACAUGACAUUGACAUAAUCAGCCAUAAACAUCUGCGAGAAAAGGUUGUGCAAUAUGUGCAGGGCAAGCGGCGUCUGUUCAAGGACUUCGUGGAUAAAAACCAUUAUCCAACAUUCAGAGACUAUAUCAUCAAGAUGAAGAUGUUGGGGGAACGGGGAGACAACAUCAUUCUGCAGGCAACAGCUGACCUCUAUAAGAGAAAGAGACGGAAGCAGCUAAUGACACCAAAAUGGACACAGAAGAUGAAUCAGAUUCAGAUUCAAAGUAUCCAAUCAACACUGCUGUAUGGGAACACAAGUGAGGAACAACUUCAAAGGCAUGAUGAGUUUGUCAGCGGCUUCCCAACACCAGACCGAAGAGUCAAUUUUGCAGAGGGAUAUCUGUCUCAAUAUAUGCAGCAAAAAAUGCUUCAGUACUUGAUAUCAGCUUUGACAUUAACAAGACUGAAAGAUACACGGAGGAUAUACUCAGGAAGUAUGCGACUGUUCAAGUGCAAGGUUGAAAAGAAGCUGGAACUUUUAACGCAAAAGCACAUGUUAGCUGCCACAGAUUACCUGAUGUAUGUUGGGGUAAAGGAAGCUAUAAUUCAUAUUCUGAUGGAUGUGCUGAAUAAACCCUAUGAAGAAGUCAACUAUGAAUGUAAAUCAACAGAAUUUGAUGCCAGUCAAGUUCCAGGGAGGGGUGUCCACAUCACUGUGGAUGACGAAUAA